AUGGCUCGCCGACUUGUCCGAACGGGCAUUCAGCUCGGCUUGCUAGCCACAUUCACAGUCCUUAUCGUUCUUUUUCUCGAUAGCAAGUUCCGCGUCCUACCUGCGUCAAUCCAUGGUCAUCUUCCCAUGCACUAUUCGGGGUAUGUGAUCACGGAUGUGACGAUCACACAAUGCUCGACCCUCAAUCCCUUCUCAAGCUGCAAGCUCGAUCCGGCGGUCUGGUACCGCAUCGAGAAAGACCUCUACCUUCGCACCGGCUGGACCUCGACCGCGUACGUUCAAUUCCAAAGAAAGAAGGAAGAGGAGCUGGGUCCGGAUGACAAGGUGGUGGUGGACUUGAAGAUCAGUCGCUUAACCCCUCCCGCCGAGCCUUCGCCCAAGGGGGAGACCGCGACAGAGGCUUGGGAAGCUCGCCCAGGUGGAAUCUGGCUGCGACGAUCAUCAUCGCGCCAUGCCAGUGACUCUGGCAAGGCGGUCACUUACAUCGAUGUUCUUUUUGGGGCAGACGCUGUCGACCCUCGCCUGAAUUGGGAGGUCAAGGAUACUCCCCUGUUGCUUGAUGGAUGGACCGAGAAGCUGGAAACUCGGCUGAGCAUUCGGCGCGGAAACCCAGUCAAACCCAAAAAGCCGGUGCCUCGUAUCAACGAGAACGGUCGAUUCAAAGUGAUGCAACUCGCGGAUCUGCAUCUGAGCACCGGACUCGGUGACUGCCGCGAUCCCGUCCCAGCCGAGCUGAUUCCCGGUCAGAAAUGUGAAGCCGACCCGCGGACUUUGGAAUUUGUCGAGCGGCUCCUGGAUGAGGAGAAGCCCGACUUCGUUGUCCUGAGCGGAGACCAAGUCAACGGAGAAACAGCACCAGAUGCUCAAAGCGCGGUGUUCAAAGGGGUGAAGCUCCUUGUGGAUCGCAAAAUCCCGUACGCCGUGAUCUUUGGGAACCACGACGAUGAGGGCGAUCUGAACCGGGCCCAACUCAUGUCUCUUUAUGAAGAACUGCCCUACUCUCUCUCCGCUGCUGGCCCAGAAGAUAUUGACGGGGUCGGCAAUUACAUCGUCGAAGUUCUCGACCGCGGCAAUGGCGCCCACUCCGCUCUGACUCUCUACCUUCUCGAUACACACUCAUACUCUCCGGACGAGCGGCAGUUUCGGGGUUACGACUGGGUCAAGCCGAGCCAGAUUCGUUGGUUCAAAAACACCGCACAAAGCUUGAAGAAGAAGCACAAGGAGUAUACGCACAUUCACAUGAAUAUGGCAUUCAUCCACAUCCCGCUUCCUGAGUACCGAGACGAUAAGAAUCACUACAAGGGCGCAUGGCUGGAAGCCCCCACGGCACCGGGCUUCAAUUCUGGAUUCAAGGAUGCACUCGAAGAAGAGGGUGUCUUGUUUGUGAGCUGCGGACAUGACCAUGCCAAUGACUAUUGCAUGCUCAACAAGGAUUCCAACGAGAAGCCUUCCCUGUGGAUGUGUUACGGCGGUGGUGCAGGGCUUGGUGGCUACGGUGGCUAUAACGAAUACAUUCGACGCGUGCGGUUCUAUGAUUUUGACAUGGGACCCGGUCGAGUGACCACCUACAAGCGUCUCGAGUGGGGCAAGACGGAGAUCAAGCUCGACGAGAUGAUGCUCGUGGACGGAGGCACUGUCAAAGGUCUCAGUGAAGAAACGUAA